CUGCAAUUCUAUUGUGAAUAUUUGCAAAUAACAAAACAAAAUCAGCCGAAAGAAUUCAGCCAGUCCAAGUCUUAUUUCUAGAAAAUAAAAUGACGACAGAUGAAAGUAUUUUAGAAGAAAUGCUAGAGAGAGCGACUAAUCCUACCAAAGAUGAAAUUGACAAUAUGGCAGUGCAAAUGUUCUGCAUGAUAGUUAACAGCAAUAAAGGUUUACUGGUGAACAAAGCCCACAAGCUUAUAGUUGCAAAAAUUUAUUCCCCGAAUGUUACAGAAGCAAACAGAGCCAUAGGGAUAUUGGAAGAAUGCAUGUCGAAAGGUGGCGAAGAAUUUCAAAAGAAAACCAACAAAUUUGCCUUUCUUAAUGAGUUAAUAGCUUUAGUGCUUGACAAACGCGAUGGCCCACCCGCCCCUGUGGAAACAAAAAAACGUAUCAUGGAAUGUCUUAUGCUUUGGACAGCGGAACAUCCGGAUAAAACGAAAAUUCAAGAUGCAUACGAUAGCCUCAAAGGAAAGGUUAGUUUAGAUCACGGACCCUCAUCGGUGUCGGUAAAUACAACAUUCGGAAAUGGGGGUGUUAAAGAGCAGCGUUCCAGUAUAUUAGGCAAAGAUGAUUUGCUAGUAGCUAAACUUUUGAAGCAGGGCGGUGAGGAGAAUUAUAAAAAGGCCAACUUGCUAAUACAACACCGAUUUAAUGAGGAGGCCAGACGCACUGCAUUCAUAUGCCAUUUAAAAUCAGAACUGAAGAAAAUUGAAAGUACGAUGGAACUUUUGGAACAAAUGUUGGAUUCCUACGGCAAUGAUACACCGGGAGAGGAUAGUCGCGUGACAAUGAGUGAUUUGUAUAACACGUGUAAGGUACACAACGAACAAAUGGCCAGGUGGCCUGAUUAUUUAUCAGACUCCGAACCGGAUUUCUUAAAGGACGUGUUAAUAACGAAGGAUCUUCUAGUGAUGAUAUUACAAAGGUAUAGAAAGUUUGAAAUUGACUCCAAUCUUGAAACAGAAGCAAUAUGUCCAAAGGAUACACAUCUUGUAAAGCAAAAUACAAAUGUGACCGUACCCACGCCAAUAUCUUCAACAUCAGCGGUGACAUCAAAUACUGACAUUUUAUCCGACCUUUUGGGUGGUGAACUAAAUCCAUCAUCUUCCAGUCCAAAAACUAUUCAUGAUACCGAAACUAACCUAAAAGUUCAAAAGCCCUCAACUUUGGAUGAGUUAUCGGAAAUUUUUGGCAGUAUUGAGAAUAAACCCGAACAAACCAAAUUCCCAUCGGAUUUAAUGGGUGAUUUCUCUUUAUUGGAACCCAUAAAUGUAUUUGGCAACGAAACAAUCACCACAUCCGAAAAGACGGAGGGAUGCUCGGCGACGAAUGGUAAACUUGAAAUGACAAAGCAAGGGUUUAAGGAGCUGCGCGAGAUUGACAAACUAAGUGAGGAAAUAUUUAAAAAGAGUUUGCAAAACGAAAAGCGUCAGACAACAUUUAAAAAGGAACCAGAAAAGAUUACCUUAAAUGACUUAGCCAAGGAUAAGAAGCAAUCAUCGCUGAAGACCAUCAGCAGUAGCAAUGCUAAUAAAGCUUCAAUAGAACACUGUGAUGAGGAAGCGAAUUGCCUCCCUCAAGAAGCCUCUAGUUGUACUGAGCAAACUGUGCCAGAGAAUAAGGAAAAUCUGCCAGAACCAACAACGGAGAUCGUAACAGAAUGUACUCCCACAACAACGGUGGGCGAAAAUCAGAACGCCGCAAUAAACCAUAAGCCCCUUGCUGAAAUAACUAUUGACAUUGAUGAGCUUACUCCCAUAGCCGAAGGGCAGCGUAUGCUAAUGGACGACGAAGACAUACAGGUCUCGUUGAAUUUUACAGCCAAUCAACCAACCCCCCAUGUUUCUGUUAUUGUUAUGUCGGUCAUCAAUAAGUCACGCAUGCCUAUAGAGGACUUUCAAUUCGAAGCUAGUGUUAAAAAGCCUUGCAAAGUUCGUUUGUUGCCGCCCACGGACACUAAAUUGGCUCCCAGAAAACCAUUUCGUCCCUCUGAGCCCAUCAAUCAGGUCUUGUUGCUAAUGAACACCACAGAGAAACCCGUGGAUAUAACAUGCAUUGUUGGCUAUAGACUUGGUGACGAUCCGGAUCCUGUAAAAACGUCAAUUAUCGCCAAAGACAUUCCAUAUGUUUAGUUGAGAAACUUUUUAUCACGAAUGGUGUAUUAUAGGGAGCAAUACACCAUAAACCAUAUUUUAUUGUUUUUUUUUUUUUUAUUUAAUUAAGACUCCACGAGGAGUUUGUAUCGCUUUUUAGCCCUACUUAAAACUUGGCAUGCAAAAAGGGUAGUGUAUGCAUGUUUACCAGCAAAAGUAUUAAUGGCUUGAGCUUUGUUUAAAAAUUUCGCGUUUUCUUUUCCAUCACACCACUUAAAGUCAUUUUAUUUGAAUUGUUUAAUUUAUAAAAUUUUAAUUUAAUAAAAAGGGCCCUUAUCGUUCCUACAAUCAAAAUGGAAA